AUGGCUAAUAUCGAGAAGUUUCCCAAAAAUAAGUUCAUAGGGAGUCUUACUAUUAAGAACUCUGGUAGACAUCUAAUUGAUCAGGCCAUGGCUGAUGAACUAAAUGCCCUUGCUCAAAAUCAUACUUGGGUUCUAGUUCCUCAACCUCCUCACAGGAAGCCUAUAGGCUGCAAAUGGGUCUGCAAGAUAAAACAUUAUACUGAUGGGUCAAUUGAACAGUACAAAGCACGCCUUGUUGCAAAAGGCUUCACCCAAUAUGAAGGCUUUGAUUACCAAAAAACCUUUUCCCCGAUGGCCAAACAUGUUACUAUUCAGGCCUUUUUGUUAGUAGCUGCUAUACGGAACUAG